UUAUCGAGUUAUGUUUUUCAGGCUGCUGAUAAUGGUGGGAUUCAAACGGACUCUUUCUCUGUGCGACGUACCCUCAAUUCUAAAUGCAGUUCAUCAAAAAAGGAAAAACCAAAUCUAGUGAUGGAAGAUGAUUUGGAGCAUUUGUGCAAGCUUGUUGAAGUGAAAGAUGGAGGUCCUGCUUGGAUUCAAAUAAUGGAUCGUUCUACACCGACCAUGAACUAUCAAGCUUGGCGUAGAAUCGAUCCUGAGACUGGCCCUCCACAAUAUCGUACCAGAACUGUUUUUGAGGAUGCAACUCCUGAAAUGGUGAGGGACUUCUUUUGGGAUGAUGAAUUUCGAGCCAAGUGGGAUGACAUGCUUGUACAUGCUGAAACCUUGGAGGAGUGCCCUAUCAGAGGAACCAUGGUGGUCCAGUGGGUGCGCAAGUUUCCCUUCUUUUGUAGUGACAGAGAAUACAUCAUAGGCCAUCGAAUUUGGGAGUCAGGUCGAUUGUACUACUGUGUUACAAAGGGAGUUCCUUGCACCUCUGUGCCAAGGCGUAACAAACCAAGGCGUGUUGAUCUGUACUAUUCAAGCUGGUGCAUUCGUGCAGUUGAAUCAAAGAGAGGGGAUGGUGAGCUGACUGCCUGUGAGGUGAUGCUGUUCCACCAUGAGGACAUGGGUAUUCCUUGGGAAAUUGCAAAGCUUGGAGUUCGGCAAGGUAUGUGGGGAGCUGUAAAGAAGUUGGAGCCUGGUUUACGUGCAUAUCAGAAACAUAGAGCAUCUGCCGCACCACUUUCACGAAGUGCUUUCAUGGCUCAGAUCAACACCAAAGUGAGUGCAGACUACCUGAGAUCUUUGGAGACCAGCAUUAGUGAUUCAUCAGAGAUUGAAAUUCGAGAAACAUCUGAGAAACCUGUUGGGCAUAAUGUGCCUAAGUUUUUAGUCAUUGGUGGGGCUGUUGCUCUUGCUUGUACUCUUGAGCGGGGGUUCUUAACGAAGGCUCUUAUAUUUGGAGUGGCUAGAAAGUUUGCAAUUAGAAGGAGGUCAUGAUACCGGAUUUUUUUUUCUAUCUUCAUUCUGAAGGCACUGGACGAAGUUGACUGCUCAUGCAGUGAAGUGAGAAAUAGUCCAUUGUUGAUCUCCAUGCCCCUUUUAGAAGGAAUAGAGGCUUCCAUUUUUUUUUUCCGCAGUUGAGCUAAGCGCAGCUUCGCUUCAGGACAGAAAAGGCAAAAAGUUCUUGUAAUUUUUGUAUUCACAAAAUUUAGCAAAUUGAUGUCAUCAAAUGAUACAAGCUGCAGAAAUAACAGGAGUUCAAUGUUCUUUUCUUGUUCAUUUAAAA